AUGAUUUUCUCUUUACAGAAUGCAGUUGUGUUUCCGUACAUAUCUUGUACCGGAAAUAAUGAUGUAAUAGCUGAAGUGAAGUUCAUAAGGGAUGAUGAGAAGAAGGAUGAACGAGUGAACAAAAUCAUGGCAAUGUUAGACACAAAAGCUGAUUGGAGUAAAGUCGUUUGGGAAACCGAGCAACCAAUACUGCCUCAAGAGGAAGAUCAUGCAGUUGUGGCCGAUGAGGAAGAUCAUGCAUUUGUGGCUGAUGAUAAAGCACCAUCUGAAAAGGAUGAACCGGUUGAGCCUGUUGUGAAAAGAAGUGUCAAGAGAAAGGUGAAGGAUCCCGCAUCAACAAGUCCUACUCCUUCGAAAGUAAAAAGCCCUCGUCCUCAGCGAAAGGUAAACAAGAAAUGA